GUUGGCUCGAGCGCUCGAGACGACGAAGCAACGAACAAGGGCGAGAUGGACGCGUCAGCUCCACCCGCUCAGCUCUUCCUUUCUUUCUCUCCUGAAUAUCUUCUCGCCACCUCAUCGCCGUCAUGAUCACAAUUACCGACGCCGACAACGACAACAUAUACCCCUUAGACUGCGAUGCGAGCAUCACAUUGGCCGACGUCAAGGCUCUCCUCGAGGCAGAUUCUUCCAUACCAGCAGCUAGACAGGCACUCUACUUCAAUGCAACCCUCAUGACAGAGGCAGAGAAGACGCUCGAGGCCUACGGGGUCAAGGACGGCGAUCUCCUUGCGCUGAGGGAUUCGGGACGACAGCAGCAGCAGCAGCCAGUCGCGAGUGGGAGCAGGCAGCCAACAGCGCGAGGCGCCGGGGACAGGAUGAUGCCAAGGCUCGCAGCGAAUCCGAGAUGGCCGAGCAGCUUCGCCAGCAAGUCCUCUCCGACCCUCACCUCAUGACGCAGAUUCGCCACUCCAACCCUCAACUAGCAGAUGCCGCUCGUGCAUCGCCUCAAGAGUUCCUCCGCCUCUUCUCAGACUUCCGCCGCCAGAUGAGCAACGCCCACGCCGAGCGCGAGCGGGCUGAACUGGAGCUCGCAG